AUGGAGCUUGCAGCCAACACGAUGAACGCUAUUUUGCAAGGAAAUCGAAGUAUGACUGAGCUGAUUACAACACUGUACAUCGGAUUUCUGGGUCUUAUUUUCAGCAGCUAUUUCGUGUAUCUUGCCGAAAAAGAUGUUGUUGGACCCAAUGGAAAAACAGAUUUUUCCAGCUAUGCCGACGCGUUAUGGUGGGGUGUGAUUACCGUGACUACAAUUGGUUACGGGGAUACUGUUCCACAAACGUGGAUGGGAAAGAUAGUCGCUUCAUGUUUCAGCGUAUUUGCUAUAUCCUUUUUUGCACUUCCAGCUGGAAUUUUGGGCUCUGGUUUUGCGUUAAAAGUCCAACAAAAACAACGACAGAAACAUUUCAAUAGGCAAAUACCAGCAGCUGCGAUGUUGAUACAAUGUCUAUGGAGAUGUUACGCCGCCGAUAAAGCUAUCAACAGUGUAGCCACUUGGAACAUUUACAUCAAAGAUCCAACUCCGGCUGGGCAGCCUUCUACACCAUUGGGAAAGUUGAUUUGUGUAAAGAAGAUGGAAUAUGUCGCAUUUUUGGCAUCACUGGCCACGUGCGAGUCUGUUGAAUGUUUCAAAUAUUAAAAUUUAAUAUUUUAG